CUUUGUGCUUCGUCUUCCACCACAAGAUCAACGAGUGAGGAUCGCAAUCCCAAGAAAAAAAAGAUCGUAACUUUUUUCUUGCCCUCCUUUCUUUUUCUUUGCAAUAUUCUUUUCUCCCUGUUUGGAGCAUAAAAUGGUCUGUGAUCCUCUCUCGCUCUCCGUUUUGCUUCUUCUCUGGUGUGUGUGACGUCACCUUACGUCAUCUUCCCGGUGUUCUCUGUCAUUCUUCUGAUCCCUUCGUAUCGUUUCAGAGGUCUCUCUCUCUCUCUCUUCAACGAUUCAAGAUCAGCGACAUAAACGAGAGAGAGAGAAUCAAUCAAACUUUUUCUCCAAAACGUUUUGAUCAUUCCCUUGGAAUGGGGCAUUUCUCCUCCAUGUUCAACGGCUUAACUCCAUCCUUCUUGAUCAAGAAAGUUAGGAACAACAAUGGCAACAGAGAAGCGGCCGAUGAGAUGGCGAGGGAGGCGAAGAAGAACGAGCUGAUUCUCAGAUCUUCCGGAUACAUUUACGCCGACGGGUCCAACACCUUGGCCUCUGUCUUCUCCAAACGCGGCGAAAAAGGCGUUAACCAAGAUUGCGCGAUCGUGUGGGAGAAAUUCGGGUGCCAAGAAGACAUUAUCUUCUGCGGGAUAUUUGAUGGACACGGUCCUUGGGGUCAUUUCGUGGCGAAACAUGUACGGAACUCUUUGCCUUCGUCGUUACUCUGCAAUUGGCAAGAGACUCUCGCUCAUAUCGAACUCAACACUGAAACCGGACUGGAAUCCGACAAAAAGCUUCAGCCCUUCAACAUCUGGAAACGUUCAUACCUCAAGACCUGCUCCGAGGUUGAUCAGGAGCUCGAAAAUCAGCGGAAGAUCGAUACAUUCUACAGCGGCACAACCGGUCUUACAAUUGUCAGACAGGGUGAAGAUAUUUACGUAGCAAACGUAGGGGAUUCUCGUGCUGUUCUGGCUACGGUUUCCGCCGAAGGAAGCUUGGUCUCGGUUCAGCUCACCAUCGACUUCAAACCCGAUUUGCCACAGGAGGAGGAGCGCAUAGUGAGAAGCAACGGCCGGGUUUUCUGCCUGGAAGACGAGCCCGGAGUGCAGAGAGUGUGGCUACCCGACGAGGAAUCUCCAGGACUGGCAAUGUCCAGAGCAUUCGGAGAUUACUGUAUCAAAGAAUACGGACUUGUAUCUGUCCCCGAAGUCACACAAAGGCGUAUAACCACCAGAGACCAGUUCGUAAUCUUGGCCACUGAUGGGGUAUGGGAUGUGAUAUCGAACCAGGAGGCAGUGGAGAUAGUAUCAUCGGUGUCGGAGAGGCCUAAGGCGGCUAGGCGGCUUGUCGAGAAGGCGGUUAAGGCCUGGAAGAAGAAGAGACCGGGAUUCGCCAUGGACGAUAUCUCAGCCAUUUGCCUCUUCUUCCACUCUUCUUCUUCCAAGUAGCGUUUCCAGUGUUGGGGGAAAAGAAGAAGUGCAAUGUGAUGUAAACAGACUAGGCGAAAAUCACGGAGCGUUUGCGUUUGCGUUUGCUGAAUGCACCAUGGUUUCUGUUGAUCACAUUAACAAGUAAUUAGCUAUGAUUCUAUUAGCUCUCUGAAUCUCAAGCUAUAACAAUGGCAGAUGUGUUACAGUAGAGAGAGAGAGAAUAGAGAGAGAAACCGAAAACUGUAUAUUUCUUGUUAUCUCGUAACCGAGUUUCUUUACAUGUA